AUUAUUUCACAUGGUAUCAGAGCCUAAAUUUUUUCUCUCUCCUUAACCCUCGUUCGAUCUAGGCCUUCGGCCGCUGCCUUCUCUUCCGCCGAAACCAUGGCUUCCACCACUGAAAUUUCUUCCUCCUCCAUGGAUGCCUUCACUGCUGCUUCUACCUCCUCGACUAUGGCGCCGGUUUCUGCCCCUUUUACCGACGCAGCCGUGGUCCUCACUAGCGCCUCUGUCUCCUUGACCGAGCCGCCGCCAGUGAUUUCUUCUCAACCGGGAUCAUCUUUGCACACUGCCGGUUCCCCUAUUGUUACGGAUGGUCCGUACUCUCUGUUUCACACCAUCCCUUCGGUACUCCCAUGGCAGCUACCGGUCAUUCCUGCUGCCGGCAGUCUCUUCUCAACUCCGGUACCGUCUACCGCGCAACCGCUACACCCCACCCCUGGCAGUUUUGGUUCAACAUUUUUCGGUGCUCCUGGGAUAUCUCGGCCGCAUGAUCCCUCCCUAUUUCAGUCUCCGAUGGCAGUGGUUUCUCAAUCCAUCUCACCGGCCAACAACGUUACUCAAAUUGUUACUAUUAAGCUUAAAGCUGUGGAAGAUUACAUCACCUGGCGCACUCAAUUCGAAGCUUUCCUCGUCUCUCAAGGUGUGUUUGGUUUCUUGGAUGGUUCCACAAAGGUACCUCCGAUGUACACGAUUGACUUUAAUAAUCAUCAAAUAAUUAAUACGGAGUAUCAUCACUGGUUAAGGGUUGAUCAAACAAUUCGUUCUUGGAUUUUUGCUACUCUUACUCGUGAUGUAUUAAUUGAUGUCCAUGAACUUAAACACUCCUUUGAGAUUUGGGAAAGAUUGCAAAAUCGUUUUCGUUCUGCUAGUCUGGCUAGAGCAAUGACACUUAGGCGUUUAUUGUCUAAUGUGAAAAAGAAGGAAAAUCAGUCUAUGGAAAAUUAUUUAAGAGAAAUUCAUGCAUUAGUAAGCGAAUUAGCUACAAUAAAUUCUCCUGUGUCCGAUAAAGAAGUUCUUCAAACCACACUUAUGGGGCUCGGACCAGAAUAUGAAUCCACCAUGGGCACUAUUUCCCUUUUUCCCGAUAAUUUCCCGCCAGACAUUCUUCACCGGAGCUUGUUAGAAGCCGAACAGAGGGUCCUAUAUCUUCGUCAGCAAAAUACUCCGCCUGCUUACCAAGCUUUCGGUGUCCAAGAUCGAGACAGAGCCCCACAUGGAGGCCGCGGUGGCCGCGGCAGGGGUGGCCGUGGAAGAAACGGCCGCGGCAGAGGCCGUGGUUACCACCAGUACGGCCAGCAACCGGGCCACGGGCAGCAGCAGUCAGCUCCGCAGCAGGGCCAGCAACCGGGACAGCACCAUCAGCAGGGGUUCGGCCAGCAACAACUGAGACCUCCGAAUGCAGGUGCCAUGAGUAAUUCUGUUUUGUCCACCUUAAAUACUAAUGCUAUAUUAUAUUGUGGUACUAAUGUUAAAUCUGCAGGCUCUUCAUCAACUGAGGGAAUUCUUGGGGCAAUUCCCCCACCCGUUGUGUGUCAAAUCUGUUUUUCUGCAGGCCAUUCUGCAAUCAACUGUCCCUCUCGUUUUUCUCCAUCUACUGCACCUGUUCUUCUCACCGGUCAAGCUAAUGAAGCUCUGUGGUAUCCAGACACUGGUGCUUCUGCUCAUAUGACUUCCUCUGAAGGACAAAAUUUCGGGGGCGGUUCUUCUUCGGGCAACAACUAAUGGCCAUCUCUAUCCUCUCAGCCUGAGUCCACCAUCUAGCCUAGCUUUAUCUUCAGUCCUCACCACCGGCCCUGUGUGGCAUCGUAGAUUAGGUCAUUGUGGUGAAAAUAUUUUACGUAUUUUAAGUGGUCAAAAACGCAUAUGUAAUAGCUCUAGUUUUUCCCAUGACUGUAUUUCUUGCCGGUUAGGCAAGUCUCAACGAUUACCCUUUUCAGAUGCUAUUCACACUUCUUCCUCUAUUUUACAAUUAAUUCAUUCUGAUGUGUGGCAAUCUCCUGUUCUUUCUAAUUUAGGGUUUAAAUAAUAUGUCUGCUUUAUUGAUGAUUUUUCUCGUUUUACAUGGAUUUACCCAUUACGUCAUAAAAGCGAGGUUUUUGACUCUUUUAAAAUUUUUAAAUCUUUAGUUGAAAAUCUUUUUAACUCUAGAAUUAAAAUUUUUCAAAGUGAUGGAGGGGGUGAGUUUGUUAAUUCUCAUAUGCAGCAAUUUUUUGAUACUCAUGGAAUUUAUUUUCAAAAAUCUUGCCCUCACACUCCUCAACAAAAUGGGCUUGCUGAACGUAAACAUCGUCAUCUACUUGAACUAACUAGAACUAUGCUUAUUGAGGCAUCUCUUCCUAGUCAUUUUUGGGUUGAUGCGUUGUUUACGGCUGUAUAUAUUAUUAACAGAUUACCCACUCCAACGUUGUCUGGUCACUCUCCUUAUGAAAAACUUUUUCAAAAAUCUCCUGAUUAUUCCCUUUUACGUGUCUUUGGUUGUGCGUGUUUUCCAAAUAUUUCUGCCAGUUCCUCCAAUAAACUUUCUCCCCGAUCCAUUCAAUGUGUUUUUCUAGGAUAUGCAUCUGGUUAUAAAGGUUAUCGUUGUCUUGAUCCUCAAACCGGAAAAGUAUACAUAAGUCGGCAUGUGCGUUUUUGUGAAAAUAUUUUUCCGUACACCACUUUGACCUCUACUAUGCAUAACACGCCUUCUACCUCCCAAACUCCUCUCCCUAUUUCCUCCUGGAGCCGAUCAGACUUACUCCCAAAGGACCAUCCCCGACCUGCUCUCUUACCUCUUCCUCAGAAUCCUCGGCCCAUCCCAAACCAGCCACCUCAGUCCCGCCAUACGGCCUGUCCGACCACCCCAACCUCAAACCCCAUCCCGGUCAGCUCUCCAGUCCGGAACACCUCGCUACACCGGACACCAAGCAGCUCGAGCUCUCCUCGGCUGAGUCCAGUCCACCGACCAGCCCUGUAUCUGACCCCACUCCAUUUCAGCCGAACAACCCACCUAUCACCCCAUCUACAAACCCACUGCCCAGCCCCGCACCUGAGCCCGAACAGCACCCCCCUUCCCCGGUUAAUGUCCACCCGAUGCAAACUCGGGCGAAAUCUGGAAUUUUUAAACCAAAAACUAUUUUUAAUUUAAACACGGUUGUUCUUUCAGCAGAUCCUACUUGUUUUUCUGAGGCAAAUAAACACUUGAUAUGGCGUAAGGCUAUGGCUGAGGAAUUUAAUGCACUUAUUGCUAACAACACUUGGGAUUUGGUACCUUUUGAUAACUCUAAAAAUAUUGUUGGCUCUAAGUGGAUUUAUAAGACAAAAUUUCUUUCAGAUGGGUCUAUUGAGCGCCACAAGGCACGGUUAGUUGCUCAGGGGUUUAAUCAGCAGGCUGGUGUAGAUUUUUCUGAAACGUUUAGUCCUGUUAUUAAACCCACCACUGUUCGUACUGUUCUCACUUUAGCUAUUUCAUUCGGGUGGGUUAUGCGUCAGCUUGAUGUUAAAAAUGCUUUUCUUCAUGGUCAUCUUACUGAAGAAGUUUAUAUGCGUCAGCCGCGGGGUUUUAUUCAUCCUCAGUAUCCUCAUCAUUUAUGUCGUCUGCGCAAGGCUAUUUAUGGUCUUAAGCAGGCCCCGCGGGCAUGGUUUCAUAAGUUCAGUAGUUUCCUACUUUCUCAUAACUUUUUAUGUAGUAAGUCGGAUAACUCUCUAUUCAUUUACCGCCAGGGCACUUCGAUUAUUUAUUUGUUACUAUAUGUGGAUGACAUUAUUAUUACUGGCAAUUCAUCAUCUGUUGUCACUCAGUUCAUUCAUCUUAUUGCUCACCAUUUUUCCAUGAAAGACUUGGGUGAUCUUCAUUAUUUUCUUGGCAUUCAGGCCAUUCGUAAUCCUAAAGGUUUGUUUCUCUCCCAGCAGAAAUAUGUCUCUGACCUUUUAUCUCGCUUUCAUUUACACACUGUCAAGUCAGUUCGCACUCCCCUUGCGUCUCGUACUUCAUUAUCUCUCACUGAUGGCGAGCUACUUGCAGAUGCGACUGAGUAUCGCAGUAUGGUAGGUGCAUUACAGUAUUUAACUUUGACAAGACCUGAUAUUACUUAUGCAGUGCAUUUAGUCUCUCAGUUUAUGCAUGCCCCACGCACUACUCACCUUUUUGCUGUCAAAAGGAUUUUUAGAUAUUUGCAGGGUACCAUUGAUCAUGGUUUGUGGCUUCAGCCCACACCAAAGGCGACUUGCAUUAUAGCAUACUCGGAUGCAGAUUGGGCUGGGUGUCCCGACACGUCUCGGUCCACCACGGGUUAUGCUGUUUUUCUAGGACCCAAUCUCGUGUCUUGGAAAUCCAAGAAGCAGCCUACUGUCUCCAAAUCCUCUACAGAAGCAGAGUAUCGUGCUAUUGCUUACACGGUGCAGGACACACUUCAUAUUCGGUCCAUUCUGUUCGAGGUUGGAUUUACUGUCACGGCCCCAGUUCGUCUGUUCUGCGACAACAUCUCUGCUUCCUACUUGACAGCGAAUCCUGUUCAACAUGCUCGGAGCAAGCAUAUUCAGAUUGAUUAUCACUUUGUUCGUGAACGCGUGGCUCAUGGUGAUCUUGUCGUUAAAUAUGUGCCUACUAGUCUUCAACUGGCUGAUAUAUUUACUAAGAGUCUCUCUAGUCAGCAAUUUCAUUUUUUAAAGGACAACCUGCGCGUUGUAUCUCCCGCACAGUUUGAGGGGGUGUAAUAGCCUAAUAUUAAAUUAGGUAAUAGCCUAAUGUUAAUUUAGGAAUAAUUUGUAUUCUUGGAAACUCUUAUUAUUAUAAAUAUACCUGCCAGGUACCCUAUUGGGGUAACCUUUCC